AUGGCAAACAAAAAUUCUAACCACAACCUCAACCAAAACCAAAACCCGAACCAAUUCCAAUACCGAAGCAACUUCAAUCCCGCUCAAAAUGUCCAACCCAUACCUCAAGAGCAACCGGGUGGUAAUAACAAUUCUAGACCACCCACACCACCUUUUCGAAACCAAAAUCCUAACAAUACCCAAAGAACACCCCAACAACAAAACCUUCACCGACAAAAUUCCUUACCCAUCCACCUUGAUGACCGGAAUGGCAAUUCCGACGGUCAAGGCAAUCGAGAUCGUGGCAAUCCCGCGAAUGAAGACCCGUUCUUCAAUAUAGAUGAUUUGAGAAACGCCAUCCAUGACGAUGAGUCGUUUAGUGUUCCCGGUUACCAAUCGCUGGAACAUGUGAGUGUUCAUAUGGAAAAUUCGGAUGAUGGGGGAUAUUACGAUGAUCAGGCUAAUGAUGACGAAGAUUGGGGGUAUGUGAAUAGAGGUAACAUCUACAAUGAUAGAGGUUUUGAGGAUGAUGAGUUUGGCUAUCAAAACGCCAACUUUGUGGGGAACGAUGACUACGGGUACGGGCAUAUGAGAAAUGACGGUUACGAAAUCAACCGCUAA